CUAAAUUACAAAUAAUUUUUUUGUUAAUUUUAAUAAUUAAAUAUCUCGAAUACCAUAUUCAACCAUCUAAUUUUGUAAAAUAAAUCAAUCACAAUAAUACUAUCACUUAUCACAAAGAACAAUCAUACAGCUAUCAAGAAACACACAACAGCUUGGCUUAUAAAUAGCAGAGAUCCUCUCCUCUGACAUGAAAUCAUCCUCAUUAGUCAUUACACACCCACACUACAGAUUAAAAACCUCCCACCAGCAGAUUUCUUCACCUUUUCACUGCUGCAUAAAAGGAUCCAGAUACCCCAAAAAAAAAAAUGAAGAACACAUCCAGAAUGCUGAUUGCCCUGUUCCUUGCUCUCUUCCUUAUUACACAAAAUGCAGGAGUGGAGGGGAGGGCGAGCGGAUCAGGAUAUCAUCCCAUGAGCCAGUGCAAGCAGGAUAGAGAUUGUGGCAACAUAUGCUCAGUUAUAUGCUCUCCCAACACUACAUGUAAAUGUGUCGAGAACUGGUGUAGUUGCAAUUUACCACCAUCCAGUGAUGAACACACACAAAACUAGUUGAAAAACGAAUGAACUGUACUUGAUGAUCUCUUUGGGAAAUGGAUGCAAUUUGUAUGAUGCAGAAACUAAAUGGAAUGUAAUGCAAAGACAAAAAAGCUAGUUCGAUCGAUACAGUUCUAAUAUAUCACGAGAGAUCAUAAGUAUUUGGAUCCGAGUUCGAGGAGAUACUGACACAGUGGAAGAGGUUGGGAAAACAUGACCAUGUGAUCCGAACCAGGAAUCACGACAUGUUCCUUCGGAGGGUUGUUCUCGAUCAGCCACCACUGGAAGGCGCCGUCUUUCUCUUUAUCGCACACGACAUACGCACGAGGAACUGUUCCAUACUUCUCCAUUGUCAAGACCGUGUCUUUCCUAGCUUCUUCGUUGUCCCAUGUUGGACAUGGCCUCACCAGCGUUAUUCCCAGCUCCAGAUCCUGCAUAUAUGCAAUUCGACCAACAAAACACCAUUCCUUCU